AUGGGGAUUUGCCUCUCCACAACCAAGGUCAGUGGCUCCAGCAGCAACAAUCACAACCACAAGAACAACGCCGCCGCCGGAGGAGGGGUAGCAGGCAGCGUCAAGGCUGCCGCAAGCGGGGCGGCGGCAAAAAACAAGCAGGCUUCGUCGGCGAACAAUACUAAGAAAAAUCACAAUACCAACGAGAAGAGGACGACCAGAAAACAGCAGCCCGAACAGCAGCAGCAAGUGAAGUUAAAAGGGAAGCAGAGCUCGAGGAAGGGCAGUGGGGCGAUUCCGUGUGGGAAGCGGACGGAUUUCGGCUACCAUAAGGAAUUCAAUCAACGGUACACGAUCGGGAAAUUGUUGGGCCAUGGCCAAUUUGGGUACACGUAUGUUGCUACUGAUAAGGAAACCGGAGAUCGUGUUGCAGUCAAACGGAUUGACAAAGGCAAGAUGCUUCUUCCUAUUGCUGUCGAAGACGUCAAAAGAGAGGUCAAGAUUUUGCGGCAACUUGCUGGUCAUGAGAACGUGGUCCACUUUAUCAAUGCAUUUGAGGAUGAUUCAUAUGUAUAUAUAGUUAUGGAGUUAUGUGAAGGAGGUGAACUACUAGACCGGAUUCUGGCAAAAAAGGACAGCCGUUAUUCCGAGAAAGAUGCUGCAGUAAUUGUAAGGCAGAUGCUUAAAGUAGCAGCUGAAUGCCAUUUACAUGGUUUGGUCCACCGUGAUAUGAAGCCUGAGAACUUUCUCUUCAAGUCAACUAAAGAGGACUCAGUGCUGAAGGCUACAGAUUUUGGUUUGUCAGACUUCAUAAAGCCAGGAAAGAAGUUCCAUGAUAUUGUUGGCAGUGCUUAUUAUGUUGCUCCUGAGGUCUUACAACGGAAGUCUGGACCUGAGUCAGAUGUCUGGAGCAUUGGUGUCAUAACAUAUAUUUUGCUCUGUGGAAGACGGCCCUUUUGGGAUAAAACGGAGGAUGGUAUAUUUAAGGAGGUCCUAAGAAACAAACCUGAUUUUCGCCGCAAACCAUGGCCAACCACAAGCCACAGUGCCAAAGAUUUUAUUAGGAAGUUGCUUGUGAAAGAUCCCCGUGCUAGACUUACAGCUGCUCAAGCUUUGUCACAUCCAUGGGUCCGAGAAGGAGGAGAUGCAUCCGAGAUUCCAAUUGACAUAUCUGUUCUGAAGAACAUGAGGCAAUUUGUGAAGUACAGUCGCCUGAAACAGUUUGCUCUCCGUGCAUUGGCUAGCACACUUGGUGAAGAGGAGCUAUCUGACCUCAAGGAUCAAUUUGAUGCAAUCGAUGUAGAUAAGAAUGGUUCUAUCAGUUUUGAAGAGAUGAGGCAGGCACUUGCUAAGGAUCUACCCUGGAAGUUAAAAGAGUCGCGUGUUCUAGAAAUUCUACAAGCAAUUGAUUGCAACACGGACGGGCUUGUUGAUUUCUCUGAGUUUGUUGCAGCUGCUCUACAUGUGCAUCAGUUGCAAGAGCACAACUCCGAGAAGUGGGAAGAACGUUCUCAGGCCGCUUUCGACAAAUUUGACAUUGAUGGAGAUGGUUAUAUUACCCCUGACGAGCUUAGAAUGCAUACCGGGUUAAGGGGUUCAAUUGACCCGCUCCUUGAGGAGGCAGAUAUUGAUAGAGAUGGCAAGAUAAGCCUAUCAGAGUUCCGAAAACUUCUGAGAACCGCAAGCAUGGGGUCAACCAAUCUGCCAAGUCCUUCCGGACACCGCAAUUCUCGGAGGGUCUAG